UUCUGUUUUAUUUGCGACGUAACAAAACGACAUACUGUAGUUAAAGGAAGGACAAAGAAAAGGACGGAGAAAGAAAAGGAGACGUGCCUUCAUCAGCGUACCGCUGGAGUAAAUCAACUCAACAAAAAACACGUAAGUGUGAAAGGCCACCUCGCUUCUGACAUGACCAACCCUUUCAGGGGUGAGGUUAUCAGACUUUACAAAACUCUGCUGUAUCUUGGCCGUGAGUACCCCCAGGGAGCAGCUUAUUUCAGACAGCGCCUGAAGUCAGCUUUCAUCAAGAAUAAAGACGUGACAGACCCAGAAAAGAUCAAAACGCUUGUGGACCGUGGCGACUUUGUCAUCAAGGAACUGGAGGCUCUCUAUUUUCUCAGGAAAUAUCGAGCCAUGAAGAAGAGGUAUUAUGAACCAGAAAAAUAAUGACACUCACAGCUAGCACCAAAUUAUCCUUCUGAAAUGAAAUACAGGAUGUGAAGAAAGUACAGUCAAUGUGUCAAUAUUUUAUUUAUCAUAUUAUGCAACAGUACUAAUGAGAUGCAGUACACAUUACUCUGCAGAAAUGAAAAACUCAUUGUAUACCCAUUGUAUAAAAAUACACUAAGUUCACCUCACAAGGGAAAUGGAAGAUCCAUCUGUAAGAAGUGCCAGAAAGUGAUGAUCAUUUUUAUUCACAAAUUGUACCUUAAAGGCCAGUAUUAGGUAAAUCACAAAUACUAUAUUAAUAUCAUGGGUUUCCAGAACAGUUGUUAGGCCAGUGGCGGAUUAUUGAGUGUAGCCAGAAUCAACAUGUCAUCAAUCAAGGUUAAUUAAUUUAAUGUCCAUUUUGAAAUGGGUGUUCAGAUCACGACUCUUGUCAGGGUUCAUAGUUAAUACAGUUGCAGACCUGCACCUGCUUUGUAAUGAACUGCUGGUAUCAGACUGACUGAAUCAUAUUGUACAAUGUAUUUUGUAUUUCAGUGUAUUUGUAAAUACAUGGUCGCAUUUCUUGAAGAAUGAAUGCACAUGACUAUGUAUCAAUGCACUACUGCAGAGAAAACAAACAAUAUUUUAAAACAGUGAUGUCCUGUGUCAUAAUAAAAUCACAACAGUGUUCUUCAACAAUUUAA